AUGGCGGUUGCCAUGCAAUUUAAUGACGAUGACAUCGCUGCUGGCGUAAUUCGGGAGGAGCGCUCACUGAUUGGCCAUCUGGUGGGCCUGCCGCCGGCGUUGCACACGGUCAAGACAACUCUGACUCGGGUUUGGCGGCCGGACAAGGACUUUACGAUCUCGAAUGUGGACGUUGGGCUGACCCGUAUUCUUUUUUCCUCGAUGGCUGACAUACAGAAGGCGGAAAAGGGCUCACCAUGGAUUUUCUCCAAGUUCAUGCUGGUGGUGCGCUCGUGGGCCUCUCCGUCUUUGGCGGUGAGACCACUACACCGUUCGGAUAUUUCGGGAGGGCUGUACUUGAGGGCUGAACCGGUGUUCGAUCUGACCGCAGAGCUUCCUGAUGAGAUUGUCGCUGAUCAUGUUGUUCCAUCGAAAGGAAACGGGUCCGCCGAUUACGGGGAGGAAAUGAUGGCUCGGAGAAAGAAUAAGUUUACUUGGCCGCGGGCGGUGUCGCAAAGACCCUCCUCUUCGCACCCUGGUGGAUUCAAGUUGUCGCGUCCUUCAGCAAGUGGCAUGGGGAGGACUAGGGCGGUGGGUGCUCAUGGAGACUCUGUCUGUGAGGAUACGCGUCGGCCAAAGCAUAGCCGCAUGGGGGGAAAGGAUGCAGCUACUCGCUCUAACUGCAUGACCAACUCUUGCUACUGA